GGCGGAGCCCUCAGCCCGCCGGGUGCAUGGACAGGAGCUCCCUGCUGCAGCUCAUCCAGGAGCAGCGCCGGGUCGGAUCCUGCCCGCUGCUCCCUCAAGGACGAGGGGUUCUGGGCACGGAACCCCAGCGCCCCCGCCGGGAUCUGGGUGCCGCAUGGAGCCCCGGGGGUGUCGUGGGCUCGGUCCCGCCGGCGAGGCGGGGGUCUGCACCCACCCCUGUGACCUGAUUGCGGGAUGAGGCCGUAGAGCAUCAGCGCUGCGCGGCGUGGGGCUCUGCUCACUGCACGAUGGGGCCUCGAGGGGUUUCCACCCGCGCUCCCCCGGCCCCCACCAGCCCCCCUUGAGCUCCAUCGCCUCGUCCCUCCAUCCCCACCCAGCCCUGGCCCAGAUGGCGGCUCUCCCCUGGGCAUGGGGAAAGAAUUCCUGGGGCUCAGGAAAAGAAACUGAUCCCCCACUCGUCCCCCGCUGAUUCCAUGACCUUGGCUGAGUCCCCCGGCCCGGGAGCCCCGGUGCUGUCCCCCGUGUCACCCCCCCUCGGGCACAGGGACUCCAUGUGAACCCGAGCUCCUCGAGAACUAGCAGCCUCAUCCCCGGGAAUGAGCAGUGCUGAGAGGGCUGGGGCCUGGGGAUUGGGCCCUCCGGGGGGGGGCGUAGGGUGCCAGUGAGGUUGGGGUGGGGGGAGAUACACCCCAAAAGCAGAAAGGGGCUCCCCGGCCGCUGACAGGGCUCUUGGUGCUCUUGGGGCAGGUGCCUCAGCGUGUGCCAGUGUGGGGACAGCUUGUGCCAGGUUCUGGCGUGACACACACACGUGGAGCCUGUGGGGUGACGGCUGUGGGGCAGGGGGACGGUGACACCAGGGUGCUCCCGCCCCCCACGGCUGGGGCUGCUCCCAUGGGCUGGUGGCCUCUGAGAUGUUGCAGGUGCUGUCUGCACCCCUCAUCCUACCCUGCACCCCUCAUCCCACCCUGCACCCCUCAUCCCACCCUGCACCCCUCAUCCCACCCUGCAACCCGCUCCGGGCAGCCAAAGCCCUUAGGAAUGAGGCUGGGGCUGUUUCCUGCCCGGGGAACAGGGAGGGAUGGGAUCCCCACCCGGUGGGGAUACGAUCCCAUGUCCCAAGCACUCCCUUUCCUGCCCAUCCCAGGAGGAUGAGGCUCCUCUCCCUCAUUCCCUCCCUGCAGGAGCAAGGAGCAAACCCCACCCGACCUCAGGGUGAUUGCAGGGGCUGUGCUCUGGCCGUGGGUGCCCCCUCCCCAUCUCCACCCUCCUGUGCCAUCCCGGCUCCCUGUCCCCAUGAGAGGUCCCGUGUCGGGCGCCCCGUGGCCGCUGUCCCCGGAGGGCUCGGGGCGCCCGGCCUGCUCUGGGAGCCCCGGGGAUGGCACAGGGUGCCCCGGGCAGGGCGCGGUGGAUGCCAGCGGCCGGCGGCAAGGGCGGCGGGAGGAGGAGGAGGAGGAGAAGAGGAGGAGGAGGAGGAGCCUGGUGCCAGGGCUGCGCGUGUGUUUAGCUUGGUGGCUUCCUGGCUGGCAGGCUGCUGGCGGCGAGAAAUAACUGAGUGGGAGAGUGUUGGCUGCGCCGCGGGGAGUUGGGGACAGCGGCACGGCACGGGCAGCAGCGUGGCACAGGGCACCUCUCGGGAGACGGGCCGGGGUGGCUGCGGGCUGCGGUGCCCCCCGCAGAGGCAGGGACAGGUGCCACGGAGCCAGGCGGGAGGCACCAGGGGCAGCAGGAGGUGUCCCCAGGCGAGCAGGGAGCCGCAGCAGUGGCGCCCCGGUGAUGCUCCGUGCCGUGCCCGCAGCUCGACCCCGAGAACACCGGCUUCAUCGGCGUGGAGACCUUCGCCAGCCUGGUGCACAGCCAUGAGCUGCCCCUGGACCCCGCCAAGCUCGACAUGCUGGUGGCCCUGGCACAGGGCAACGACGAGGGCCAGGUCUGCUACCAGGAGCUGGUAGACCUGAUCAGCAGCAAGCGCUCCAGCAGCUUCAAGCGCGCCAUCGCCAACGGGCAGCGGGCGCUGCCCCGCGACGUCCUGCUGGACGAGACCGGCCUCGGCAUCUACAAACGCUUCGUCCGCUACGUGGCCUACGAGAUCCUGCCCUGCGAGAUGGACCGGCGCUGGUACUUCUACCAGCACCGCACCUGCCCGCCGCCCGUGUUCAUGGCAGCCGUCACCCUCACCCAGAUCAUCGUGUUCCUGUGCUAUGGGGCCCGGCUGAACAAGUGGGUGCUGCAGACCUACCACCCCGAGUACAUGAAGAGCCCCCUGGUCUAUCACCCCGGGCACCGGGCGCGCGCCUGGCGCUUCCUCACCUACAUGUUCAUGCACGUGGGGCUGGAGCAGCUGGGGUUCAACGCCCUCCUGCAGCUGAUGAUCGGGGUGCCCCUGGAGAUGGUGCAUGGCAUCCUGCGCAUCAGCUUCCUCUACCUGGCCGGGGUCCUGGCAGGCUCCCUCACCGUCUCCAUCACGGACAUGAGGGCCCCCCUGGUUGGGGGCUCGGGGGGGGUCUACGCCCUCUGCUCUGCUCACCUCGCCAACGUCGUCAUGAACUGGGCCGGGAUGCGCUGUCCCUACAAGCUGCUGCGGAUGGUGCUGGCGCUGGUGUGCAUGAGCUCCGAGGUCGGUCGCGCCGUCUGGCUCCGCUUCUCGCCGCCGCUGCCGGCCUCGGGCCCGCAGCCCAGCUUCAUGGCGCACCUGGCGGGGGCCAUCGUGGGCAUCAGCAUGGGGCUGACCAUCCUGCGCAGUUACGAGGAGAGUCUGCAGGACCAGUGCGGCUGGUGGGUGCUGCUGCUGUCCUACGGCACCUUCCUGCUCUUCGCCGUCUUCUGGAACAUCUUCGCCUACGACCUGCUGGGGGCACAGAUCCCCCCCCCGCCCUAGCCAGCUCCCCCCCGCCCCGACUCCACGGUUGAUUUGGUUUCCGAGCCCCCGGUGGAGGGGCUGGGAGGGUCCCCGCGCGUGACAUGGGGACAGGCCACCCCCCGCCCGCCUGUCCCCUCGGUGCUAGCGAUCGCGCCGCCCUCCGCCCCGGGCUGCGCCCCUCGAUGUCCCCUGCCGCCCCCCCCGCCGUAGCCCCGUCCCCAAAGGAUGCUUCGGCCCUGCCCUGGCACCGCCAAGCCCCCGGGGUGCCCGCAGGGCUCGGAACGCACCUCUCGGGAGGGAGCCGGAGCAGCGGGACCCCCCGCCGGCUCCCGGACCCCCUUCCCAGGGUGGGGGCUGCCUCGCUGCCCCCCAGGACCUGCACUUUCACACGAAGGACUGGUGCCAAAAGAGGAGCGAUUUAUUUUUCUAUGCCAAAAUAAAUAUAAAUAAAAGAAAGAGGAAUUUAACGAGAAGAAGGAUAUGGGGAGAGCCCGGCAGGAACCAGCUGAGACAGGCACGACUCGUUUUGGCGGUGCCCUCGGCGGCACAGCCCCCCCGCUCCCUUCCCGGCCCCCCCCGCUUUGCUGCCGGCCGCCCUCCCGGGACAGGGGCUGGCCCCGGGAUGGGGGCGCGGGGGGUCCCCGCUCUAAACCCCACCCCCCCCAGACCUUUUUGGAGUAUAAAUA